CCACCAAGGAGGCUGACAGUUGAGACGGCAACGCCCACCCGAGGACCUCCACGGCCGCCCGUAAAGCUCAGAGCCCGGCGACAAAAUUCGCAACCACUGCCGUAGUAAAAAAUAAAAAGGCACACGGAGCGCCAGAUAUCGCGAGACUGCGCACCGGAAACGGAAGUCAGGUGAUUGCGGGACUCCUAGGAAGAGGCUCCAUUACCUUGGAGAAACGAAGGGGUCCUUAGUUUGGCUGUGUGGCGGCCCUCUGCGUGUCUCAGUCGGAGCUGGACGGGCACAGCGGCUAGUGAAUUUCAGGAUGACUGACCCUAAUAACACUACUCCAAAUUUUGAAGAGAUGUUUGCAAACAGAUUCACAGAAGAUGACAAAGAAUACCAGGAAUAUUUGAAACGCCCUCCUGAAUCCCCUCCAGUUAUUGAGGAAUGGAAUAACAGAGCUGGUGGGAACCAAAGAAACAGAGGCAAUCGGUUGCAAGAUAACAGACAGUUUAGAGGUAGGGACAGCAGACGAGGGUGGCCAACUGACAAUCGAUCAAACCAGUGGCAUGGAAGAUCCUGGGGUAACAAUUACCCGCAGCACAGACAAGAGUCUUAUUAUCCACAGCAGUAUGGACAAUAUGGUUAUAACCAGCGGCCUCCCUACAGUUACUACUGAUAGAAAUAUUGGCAACAUCUUUUACUAAAACCAUUUACUUUGUUAAUAUAACAAAAACUCGUGUGUGUCCUGUUGAUCAUAGUUUUCCAUCUCAUUUUAGAGAAUGGAUUAUUAAUGUUUUAGAACUUGAGACUUUUUUAAAAAUAGAUCUUACAGAGAGAUCUAAUGGUUGCUGGGAAUAACUACUCCCCUAAAAAUACUGUGGAUUAUAUUGCUUGACUUCUACUUCAGAUUCUUCAUUUCAAGACAUCAUAGUGCUUUGAGUUUGGUAUAUUUUCCUUGUUUGACCUCCAGAAAUUCUGUUUAAGACAGAAAUAAAAAAUGUAAAUAAAAAAUGCUUGCUUUUCUGGCCCUGAAUCAAGGCCGGCAGUUUUCUGAAGUUGUUGGUUUCAAGCAGGAGCCUAAAGAGAUGUCUUUCUAUGGUCUGUUGGCCAUUUCAGAACUUGGCAAAUGGAAUGGUCAAUUCAUUAGAAAGAAACAGUACUAAACAAAUUAUACCUAGGCAUGGUGGUGCAUAGCUGUAAUACCAGCAUUUGGAAGGCUGAGGCAGGAGGAUCGCUGCAGUUCGAGGCCAGCCUGGACUGCAUUGUGAGACCCUGUCUCAAAAAGCAAUCAAACAAAAUCUUUAUCUCUCUUUAUAGUUUUACAUUUAUUUAAAAAUAUGUAUCAGCAUCAAAAGUAAAAAAAAAAAAAUGCUUUUACUUUGUAAGAUAAAAGGAUAUCCCUAUUAGAUUCCAAUUCAGCUGUGCUUCUUUCUAAAAUUCUACAGAGGUAGUACAAUCAGUUCACAAAUGCACUGCUAUGCUUAUUUAUGAUGUGUAACACCAACAUUUGAAAGCUAAAACAAUUGUAUAUUUCUUUUGGCUUCUGUUAUAUGAGUAUGGUACUUUGUGAAUGCUUACUCUAUAGGUAUAGUCAGCUCCACAACUAAUUUGGUCUCUUUUUAGAGGAAAAUCAAGAAUAAAGCUAUAAAAUGAG